GCUGGAUCGAACUAAUCGAACACUUGGGCAACAAGCAAGCCAAGCCGACGCCACCUCCGUCCUCCUCCUCGAGCAACCCGUCGCGCUCUACGAGUGCUCCGCCUAGUGCAACGGUGUCAGUGCCCGCGCCGCCUCCUCCACCGGCGCCGUCAAGCGCUCCUCGUACCGCUUCGGAUCCGGUUCAGCCUCCUGUGCACUCGCUACUAGAGUCGAAACUGUCCGAAGUGGACGUGUCCACCGUUUUCUCGCAACACGAAAUGCUCUCGAUUCGCAAACAUUUGGCAGCGGUUCUGGGGCAGCAUGAGAACGACGCUGUGGUGAUCCCCAAGGUCGAGUUCUUCCGCUUUUUGGCAGGCGGCGAUGGCAACACCUCCAGUCUCUAUGCCAACCGCCUCUACUCGAUCUUUGACAUGGACAAGAAAGGACAUGUGACGUUCGAAGAUCUGAUGAAGGGAUUGUCCCUGCUGAGUCAGAAGGCGACGCGUGAGCAGAAGCUCAUGUUGUCCUUCUACCUGCUGGACCCUGAAGGAACAGGCUUCAUCACCAAGAAGAUGACGACGGAGCUGCUACGCUCGUGUCUUGCGGAAUGCAACGAGCUCGAGAUCUCGCUGUCUGAAGCUCAAUUGGCUCACAUUAUCGACAACACCUUCUCGGACGCCGAUCUGGACCGCAACGGAGUCAUCGACCUGAAUGAGUACCAGUCUUUGGACGCGAAACACCCUGGACUCUUUGACUUCCUCACAGUGGACGCGUUCGGUGUGCUUAGCCACUUGGAGAGGGUCCACUCCAUGAGCAUUUCGGUUCCUCAGUAAGGCAAAAUAACAGCCCUCGACUCCACACGUUAAUGCAUUUGCAAGUUUAAGCGAGACUGGCUCCGCUUCACGCUUUUCAAA